AUGCCUAGCAAGACAGAUGGUGCAUCAAAUGGAACGGCUGAACGUUCGUUUGUCAACUUUGAUCCGGAAGAUCCGGAAUAUAUCAAAGAAUUGCAAAGGCCAGCAGCCAUUAAGGAAGAUUUAUCCGAGAUGGAAAGGCGAAAACGGGUGCAGGAAGUGUUGGAGUCGAAAAGUUUUUGCAGAGAAUUAGAGGAAUUAAUCAAGCAGGAAAGUGAAAGCCACAAAAGUGAUCCGGAUCACUUAAAAACUUUGCAGCGACUUUCUGAACUUACUCUUCCUCAUGGCCAAAUUGCAACAUCCAGUCUUCAUAACAUUGGAGUUGGAGCUGUGUUACCUAUUGCCGAUCUCAAAGGAAGUGGUAGUUACACGCGGGCUGAAAAAAUGUUCAGGAACAAAUUAGCUUCACUGUAUCGCCUAGUGGAUCUUUUCCAAUGGUCGCAGGGAAUUUACAACCAUAUCACGUUAAAAUUACCAGAUUCAGACGAGCUACUGAUUAACCCCUUCGGAUUGUUAUACCAUGAAAUUACGGCCAGUUCGCUGAUAAAAAUCAAUCUUAAUGGUGAAAUCAUUGAUCGUGGUUCCACUAAAUUAGGAAUUAAUCAAGCAGGUUAUGUUUUGCAUGCAGCAAUUCACAAAGCACGUCCUGACGUGAGAUGCGUGUUGCACAUGCAUACUGCUGUUGUAUCUGCAAUUUCAUCAAUGAAAUGUGGUCUUCUGCCACUCUCUCAGGAAGCAAUGAUCAUUGGUCCUGUAGGCUAUCAUGACUAUCAGGGUAUAUUGGAUGAUGAAUCCGAAAUGGAGUCAAUCGUCAAAGAUCUCGGCGAUAAAAAUGUGAUGUUAUUACGAAGUCAUGGAUUUGUAGCAUGUGGUGAAUCUGUUGAGGAUGCCCUACAUCUUGCUUUCAAUACGGUUUUCAUACUACGUACGAAUGGGUAUUUGGUGUGUUGCGAAACGGUGGAAGAAGCAGUAUAUGUAAUAAGAAACUUGGUUACAGCUUGCGAUCAUCAGAUCAGAGCUGCAAGGGCUGGCAUCGAAAACCUCGUUAUACCUAAUGAAAAAGCUGUUGAAAGAGUAUACAAAACAGCACGAAAAGGCGGAGGUGGUGUCGAUCGCAAUGGUGCGAAAGAUGCGGAGGGGAAGCAAAUUAAUUGGAGGAUCGGUGAGUUGGAGUGGGAAGCAUGGAUGCGUGUACUUGAUAAUGCGGGCUACCGAACGGGUCAUAUUUAUCGACAACCUCUUUUCCGAUCGAGAGCACUUCCUUCAUCAACAAAUAAUCAAAAUGAUGUUGCUGUUCCACCUAGUGCCUCGUCAAUUGGCACCGUGGAUGAAACUGAUUAUGAGUCAGUGACAGCGCAUAAGAUGGCGCUGUUGCGCAAGGAACAGGAACGGUCUCGGUGGCUCAAUUCACCGAAUGCAUAUCAGAAAAUCGAAAUCUUGGAAACAGGGACCAAUAAUCCGAAACGGAUUACGAAGUGGGUGCAGGAUGUUAGUUCACCAUCUCAAAGUGGAACCCCAGUGAAAAUUUCUUCGCCACACCAAUUCAGUCCUUUCUCUUCAAAUCCAAAGGAAUUUAAAGAAAAGCAAAAAGCAAUAAAAGAAAAUCGUCGAUUGGGAACAACUUCAGCAGGUCCACAAUCGCAAAUUUUGGACGGAGUUACAUAUGAAGAGAUUGCGCAAAUACGGGCGGAUGCAGAAACCAGUGAUAUGGGUCAGGCGGAUCGCGUAGUUAUGAUCGGUACUGCUAGCAAAGGUAUAAUUGAUCGGCAACAUCAACACAAUGCUCAAGUUUAUCGGCAGCUUUACGCACCGAAUCCAUUCGCAAGUGAAACGGAUGAAGAUAUUCAAAAGUAUAUGAAGGAAGUUGAGGCAAAAACUCCAAGACCAAGUUCUGCUGCCGAUAGUACUGAACAUACGACAUCAAGCCCACCUUUAUAUGAAAACGAUAGUCCUUCCGUCGAAACAAUAUCCUUGAUGCAAGCAGCUCGAGAACACCGUACACGUCCCACAUUUAGUGGUAUGGCUUCCGCUUCGAUUGAUGAGGAGGGAGCUCCUACUGAAAUAUCUGUUGGUACUCAUUCGUCACCCGUUGCGCAGCCUUCUACUGGUAGAGUUGGUCGCCUUACGUUGGAAACUACUUUCGAUGAGUCUGAUUUACCACAGAGUCGUUUUGUACGCAGUUCGCCUUUUGUAUCUUCAACGCUACCUUAUCCUAUUCAGUUGGAGAGGCCAAAGACGUUACCAUCAGGAGCAAAGUUCGCACGUAGUAAAUCGGAUCGUUUUGCUUCAUUGCGUAAAAAUUUGUUUUCUAAAAGAAAUGAUACUGCAGUACGGAAUUCAGAAAUGGCACUGUCUGAUGACGAGCUGAAUCAAUCGAAAGAGAGUAAAAAGAAGAAAAGGGGUUUAUUCUCGUUCGGGAGGAAAAAGAAGUGA